AUGUUCAAGGAUCACGAUGCAAAAUGUACCAUCAGCGAACCCCUCUCAAGUCUUCAUAAACAUUUUCAAGAAGGAGAUCUUAUCAUUGGGGGAAUUAGUUCUAUUAUCUCUGCUACAUCAGAUGAAAUUGAUUUCAAAAAACUAUCCAAUGAUAUGGUAUAUGAUAUGCCAUUUGUACGAACUAGUCAUUACCAACAUGUCUUGGCUAUGGCAUUUGCUGUGAAGGAAAUCAAUGAAAACCUCCAGCUCUUACCCAAUGUCACUUUGGGCUUUCACAUCCAUAACAAUUACAUGAAUGAACGAGAGACCUAUCGUGCCACAAUACAACUUCUCUCUACAAAGGACAGAUUUAUUCCCAACUACAAGUGCAACUCCCAGAACAAUCUGAUGGCAGUCGUUGGAGGAGCUGAAGCUAAAACAUCUCUUUACAUAGCAACUGUGUUAUCCAUCUACAAAAUUCCACAGCUUGCCUAUGGUUCUACGUCAUUAAUGAAUGAAAGAUUCUCAGGACUUUCCAUGUAUCGGAUGGUCACAAAUGAAGCCCAACAAUACAGGGGGAUCCUGCAGUUAACUCUGCAUUUCAGGUGGACGUGGAUUGGGCUCAUUGUUGUGGAUGAUGAACGUGGAGAAAGAUUUCUGCAAGCCCUGCUUCCUCUGUUUUCUCACAAUGGCAUCUGCUUGGCAUUCGUACAAAAAAUCCUCCAGGUCUCCAUGAUAAGUUAUUAUUUUGGCAUGAUGAAAGAGGGAUGGAAAUCUUAUGACAUUGUAAUGGAAAGCAAAGCUGAUACCGUUAUUCUUUUUGGAGACACUGGUUCCAUCCCAUAUGUGAGAUGGGCCAUAAAAUUUUCAGAGCAAGGAUUCACAACAGUCAAGCCUAAAGGGAAAGUUUACAUUAUGAGCAUGCAGAUGGAUUUUGUAUCUUAUUAUUUUCAAAGAAAUUGGGACAAUGUGCUCUUUCAUGGUGCAAUAUCCUUCACAGUUCACACAAAUGAACCACCAGGUUUCCAUCAGUUUCUUCAGAGCAGAAAGCCUCUUAGGACUGAAGGAGAUGGCUUUGUCAGAGAAUUCUGGGAACAGGCAUUCCUCUGUCACUUCUCUGAUUCACUGGUGCAGAAGGGAUUUGAUAAAAAUUGCACUGGGGAGGAGAAAAUGGAGAGCCUUCCGGGUGAUGUUUUUGAAAUGAGUAUGACUGGUACUAGCUACAGUAUCUACAAUGCUGUCUAUGCUGUAGCCCAUGCUUUACAUGACCUGUAUUCAUCUCCUCAUGGACACAGAAGAAAGUUGAAAAGUAAGAAAUACAACCUCUUCAGUCAACCCUCAUGGCAGCUUCACCACUUUCUGAAACAGGUCUCAUUUAAUAACAGUGCUGGGGAGGAAAUUUUAUUCGAUACCAGUGGAGAAGUCGCAACAGGGUAUGAUAUCAUGAACUUGCUUGCUUUCCCAAAUCAAUCCAUUUUUAAAGUGAAAAUUGGAGAGGUUCAUCCAGAAGCUCCUGCAGACCAAAUGCUUACCAUUAAUGAAGAGAGGAUCACAUGGAACAGCUGGUUUAACAAGACACAGCCCCUUUCUGUCUGCAGUGAAAGUUGCCAUCCAGGUUCCAGGAAGAAAAUGAAGGAGGGAGAACCAUUCUGCUGCUAUGACUGCACACCAUGUCCAGAAGGGAAGAUUUCUAAUCAGAAGGACUUGGAUGAGUGUACCGAAUGCAGACAGUAUCCAAACAAGGGACAAAAUCAAUGCAUCCCCAAAAGUGUCACCUUUUUGUCUUACGAAGAGCCACUGGGGAUCACUUUAGUGAGUUUUGCCCUUAACUUUUCUUUCAUCACACUUUUGGUGCUAGGAAUCUUUAUAAAGCACCACAGCACCCCCAUUGUCAAAGCCAACAACCGAAACCUCACCUAUUCUCUCCUGAUCUGCCUCCUCCUUUGCUUCCUUUGUGCUCUGCUAUUCAUUGGUCAACCGCAACUGAUGUCGUGUCUCCUCCAACAAACCAUGUUUGGCAUGGUCUUCUCAGUUGCCAUUUCUUGCAUGCUGGCAAAAACAGCCACGGUGGUUCUGGCUUUCCUAAGCAUCCAACCAGGAAGCAGCCUGAGGAAGUGGGUGGGGAAAAGAGUGGGCAACUCCAUUGUGAUUUCCUGCUCCCUUUUCCAAGCAGCCCUUUGUUUAGCAUGGCUGGCAACUUCUCCCCCAUUUCCAGAUGUUGACGUGCACUCAGAGACUGAAGCCGUUGUACUGGAAUGCAAUGUGGGGUCUGUCCCCAUGUUUUACUGUGUCCUGGGCUACAUGGGCUUCCUGGCCACUGUUAGCUUUGUGGUGGCUUUCUUGGCCAGAAAGUUACCUGACAGUUUUAAUGAAGCCAAAUUUAUCACUUUCAGUCUACUGGUCUUUUGCAGCGUUUGGAUGUCUUUUGUUCCCACCUAUCUGAGCACCAAGGGAAAAUCCAUGGUGGCUGUGGAGAUCUUCUCAAUCUUAGCUGCCAGUGCUGGUCUUCUGGGUUGCAUCUUUAUCCCCAAAUGUUACAUUAUUAUGCUGCAUCCUGAGUUGAACAACAGGGAACAGCUGAUAAGAAGAAAAGUGGACUAA